UUGAAUAGACCCCCCCGAUGGAGGAGCGCGGUGGGGGCGGCUUCGCGGUAGUCGUUUGUGUGAGGUGAAGAACGACUGUCGGGGGAGGUCGCUGGUUGCCGUGAGGGGCUGACGGAGCGAGCCUCGCCCGCCCGCCGCCCGUCCUCCCGCCAUGUCGCUGCACGGGAAGCGCAAGGAGAUCUACAAGUACGAGGCGCCAUGGACCGUCUACGCCAUGAACUGGAGCGUCAGGCCCGACAAGCGCUUCAGGCUGGCGCUCGGCAGCUUCGUGGAGGAAUACAACAACAAGGUCCAGCUUGUUGGGUUGGAUGAGGAAAGCUCUGAGUUCAUUUGCCGGAAUACCUUUGAUCACCCAUAUCCUACUACCAAGCUCAUGUGGAUCCCAGAUACCAAAGGGGUAUAUCCAGACCUUUUGGCAACAAGUGGUGACUACUUGCGUGUCUGGAGAGUGGGUGAAACAGAGACCAGGCUAGAGUGUUUGCUGAACAACAACAAGAAUUCAGAUUUCUGUGCUCCAUUGACAUCCUUUGACUGGAAUGAAGUGGAUCCUUAUCUGCUGGGUACCUCUAGUAUUGACACAACUUGCACUAUCUGGGGUUUGGAGACUGGCCAGGUCUUGGGAAGAGUGAAUUUGGUGUCAGGCCAUGUCAAGACCCAGUUGAUUGCCCAUGAUAAAGAGGUCUAUGAUAUUGCAUUCAGCCGUGCAGGAGGUGGGAGAGACAUGUUUGCCUCUGUUGGUGCUGAUGGCUCAGUGAGAAUGUUUGAUCUGCGGCACCUGGAACAUAGCACAAUUAUAUAUGAGGAUCCUCAACACCAUCCUUUGCUUCGCCUUUGCUGGAAUAAACAGGACCCUAAUUAUCUUGCAACAAUGGCAAUGGAUGGCAUGGAGGUGGUGAUUUUAGAUGUCAGAGUUCCUUGUACACCUGUUGCCAGACUGAACAACCACAGAGCAUGUGUCAAUGGCAUUGCUUGGGCACCACACUCGUCAUGUCAUAUCUGCACAGCUGCGGAUGACCAUCAAGCACUUAUCUGGGAUAUCCAGCAAAUGCCUCGUGCCAUUGAGGAUCCAAUAUUGGCCUACACAGCAGAAGGUGAAAUCAACAAUGUACAGUGGGCAUCAACCCAGCCGGACUGGAUAGCAAUCUGUUACAACAACUGCCUGGAAAUCUUGAGAGUGUAAAAACAGUUGGGCACUGAGGGAAAAAAUGGAACUGGAUGGUGGUCUUUGCUCUCCUAUAAAUUUUUAAGAACAAAACUCCAUCUAGAAAGUGCCACUGUCUAUUCUAGAAAGACUCAGAACUGGCAUUGAUGGGUAUAUGUUGCUGUCGUCUCCCUCUUUCCCCACCCCCAUCCUGUGACUUAAAUGCAGGGAUAUGCUGAGCCUUUCAGACUCUCUGGGAAUUUAUUAUUACUUUCAAUUAAAGUUAUGUAUAUAUGUCAGCCAUUUGUGUUGAGUAUUUGUAUUGAAUGAGUAAUGACACCAACGGGCAGAAUGACACCCUAGCAGAAAUAUGUUACUGCUGCAGAUGCCUAAAAACUGUGCAAAGUUAUAGUAACGGGAUGUGAAGUUAACUUUGUGUUAAGUAAAUUUUUCACACAUAUCUUCUCUACCCCUUCCCCAGCCUAUGGCAAGUCUAAUUUCUCUUGAUACUAGUGCUGAAUCUUGUAAGGUCUCUGCAACUAAAAGUCUAUUACUAUUAAAAAUGUUCUUCAACUAUAAGGGAGCAGGAGCAGUCACAAAGCCUAGCUGGCUCUUGCAGAAACUUCCUGAAGCGAAGCUUUAACUUUGUGAACCACUGGUUAUUAGAUUUGUUUCUCUCUCUCUCUCUCCUCUGUAUGACAAAGGCCUCUAAAAUAAAGCAGUAUACAGUGGUGAUAGCAUCUAGUUGGAUAAGUACAGUUCCUAGUUUUGCACUGUGUUGCCUGCCCCUCAAAAAACGUAAGGACUUCAGCCACUGGUGAUCUUACUUGACUCCAAGAGGCAACAAGCCUUUUCCUAAGAGUAGUGUUGCUUCCCACUAUCCAGGAAAAUGCAAAAAUCCUUCUUAAGGUAGUGUGGAAAAUGUGAUGUUUCAGGAGCAGUGAUAGGAUACAUCUGGCUCUUGCAGAAACUUUCUGGAGUGAAGCUUUAACUUGUAUAUGAUGUUAAUAUGGGAUGGCAUUGUUUUUCUUGGAACAUUACUAUGACCAGACACGUGUAAUUCAUUAUGAAAUACACACACUUCUCUUAAAUAGCUAUGGUGGGAUGUUGCCUCUUAUUCCCAUAUCAAGGCACACUGAGGCUUAUGGUAGGUCUUCUCUGACACAUUAAAAAAGAAUGUAUAUGUGAUUGUUUCCACCCCCUUCUCAGAAGCUCUUGUAGGCUGGCCAAGCUGGCUCCUGCAGAAUUCAGAGGGGAGCCCCAAAAUGGUGUAUCAAACCAUUUUUCCAGAGUUACAUGAGGCACUGGAGGAGGGGAAGUGUGUUGAGAAGACUUUCAGAUGUUAACCACCAGUGAUGUACAUAAUGAAAUGAAAUGAAAUGUGACAAACCUAUUGGUUAUUUGUUUUAUAGUACUGGAGUACAUUAGUGGGGAAAUGUGGUAACUGGUGUAUAAAUGUCUUUGUUUCAACAAUACUGGUUGUUCUUGCCCGAAGACGAACAUGAAGUAUGAGAGAGAAUUAACUGCCUGACUUUCUCAUCUUUUCUCCUCUUCCCUCCCUCAGCCAACUUAACUAGCUAGUACAUAGAAAGUAGAUUCUUGUGGUGGUAGUUUUUUUUAGUCCCAUGGAAAUCAAGGGACUAGAUUAAAUCCAAAUGUUAAUUUUCAUCUGUUAAUAGGAGUUGGACAGUACUGGUUAAAGGCACUUGACCAUGGGCUGCAUAGCACUGGUCCUAAGGCACUUCAAACAUGGGCACAUAGGAAACUUAAGGAUGUGCUCAGUAAAGAAACACAGGUCUGCAAUUCACUAGCAGACUGGUGCUGGGAGGGGCUGGGUUAUUGGUUAUGUGAUGGAGUAUGAACUCGUGGUAUCUGUUUUUUUGAAAGGAACAAAGAUGUUUUUAGUGUACAGAAUAUGAAUAUGAGCUGAAUUUUUUUACUAAUCAAUACUAAACGGUAAGAUGUUAGCUUAUGUACUGUACUCCCCAGUGUGAUUUCCUAAAGAUGUCAACUUUGUAGCAUGACUAUAUAAAGUUCCAGACUCAUUUUUUGCUUUGUUUUGUUCUUUUCAAAUAAGCAAUAGCACUGACUCUA